CAUUCCAAUCCCUAACUCCUCUAGACUUCUCUUUCUUGGAGGAUGUAUCGCAAACCACACUUAAAACACAAAGAAUCAGAUAAUAUAUAACAUUAACUCUGAGUUUCUGGUUGUGUAUGUGUUUUGAUUUGUAUGUGCUGUGCAAGACUUCUCUUCCAAUAUAUAGGAUGUAUCGCAAAACACACUUGAAACACAAAUAAUAAGAUAAUAAUUAUUAUUAUAUGACAUCAAUCCUGUGUUUCUGCUUGUGUAUGUGUAUGGUUUGUAUGUGAUAUGCAAGACUUCUCUUCCAUGGAGGCUGUAUCGCAACACACUUGAAAUACAAAGAAUGAGAUAAUAUAUAACAUCAAAUCUGUGUUUCUGAUUGUGUUUGUGUUUUGGUUUGUAUGUGCUAUACAAGACUUCUUUUCUUUUCUGUGUAGGAUGUAUUGCAACACAAUUGAAACACAAGGAGUUAGAUAACAUAUGCCAUCAACCCUGUGUUUCUGGUUGUGUAAUGUGUGUGGUUUGUAUGUGCUAGGGGCAUUCCCGUUUUAACGGUUUCCAAAGGACCUACUAAUUGUUAUAUCCAAGAAGAAUUAUUUCAACAGGGGUGAAGCUUUUCCUUGCACUGGCUGGUUGAGAUGAUGAACUCUGAGACUGAAGCAACGCAAGGGAGUUAUCCGAGAAUCCUUCGACUAAAGAGAUCGUGUUCUACGAGAAAAGCGUUCAUCAUUGGUGUUGUUAUUCUGCUGUUCACCAGUGCUGUCAUCAUUGCUGUGGGGAUAACGUUUGGCUUACAGCAGCAACAUCAGCGACGUCUGGCGGUGGGCGCCGUAGCAACUGACCACGCGGCAUGCUCCGACGUCGGCAGGGAUAUCCUACUGGCUGGAGGGUCCGCAGUGGAUGCCGCGAUAGCAGCUCUUCUCUGUAAUGGAGUCAGGCACCCUCACAGCAUGGGGAUUGGUGGUGGGUGUUUUAUGGUCAUCUACAAUAAAUCAUCGCACGCAGCUGACGUCAUCAAUGGGAGAGAAACAGCGCCACGUGCAGCGACACAACAGAGAUAUGUGAACCAGUCUUUUUCUCGGGGUCCAUUAUCCAUAGCAGUGCCGGGAGAGAUAAUGGCUUACUGGGCUGCCCACCAGAAGUACGGGCUGUUGCCAUGGAGACAGCUGUUUGAACCUGCGAUCAAAAUGGCGCGAGACGGUCAUCCGCUAUCACAAGCGACGGCACGUGCACUGAGGAAAAUGAAAUAUGAUUAUAAAAUCAAUUUUGUAGUUUACCCUGAUUUCUGUUCUGUAUUCUGCGACAAGCAUGGCGAUCCACUGAAAGAAGGAGACAGGGUUAUGAUGACAAAUCUAUCUCGGACAUUGCACGCUAUAGCAGAGCUGGGUCCAAAUGUAACCCACGUAAACCAGAACUUAGCUAAAUAUGUACAGGAUAUGGGUGGUUUACUCACAGAGACUGACCUGGAAGGGUAUUCGCCCCGGGUGGAACCGCCACUGAGUCAACAAUACGGCGAUAUCACCAUGUACACGGUGGGCGCCCCCAGUGGCGGACCCGUGUUGGGACUCAUCCUAAAUAUCAUUGAUGGGUUUAAUUUUACACACGAGGACAUCGCGAUACCAGAAGCUGAAGCGGCUACAUACCACAAGAUCAUUGAGGCUAUCAAGUUUAGCUUUGCUGACCGCUUAAGGAUGGGAGAUCCUCGGUUUGUUGAUAUUCAUGACCUUUUGACAAAGAUUGCGUCAAGACAAUACGCUGACUACGUAAGGCGAAGCAUCGACGCGGACAAGACACAUGACGUCAGCUUCUACACAAACAUCACACGGGCCAGUUGGAGAGACUUCGGAACAUCACACAUAUCCGUCCUUGCAGCCAAUGGGGACGCCGUUUCUGUCACGAGCACCGUGAACUGGUAUUUCGGCUCGAUGUUACUGUCCGGGGCCACUGGCAUCAUCCUCAAUAAUGAAAUGGCGGACUUUUCUAAACUACCCCAACACGACUCGAACCCCUCGUUAAACACGAUAGAACCAGGAAAGCAACCGUUGUCGUCGAUGUGCCCGGCGGUGUUUGUUAAUAAGAUGGGGUACCCAGUACUGGUGGUCGGGGCAGCCGGUGGAGACCGAAUUACAACGGUCACUGCACAGGUGGCUAUAAGAAUUCUGUGGUUGAAACAAACACUUGAUACAGCGAUAAGUGAAAAACGAUUCCACCAUCGAUUGUCACCCAACAUACUGCAGUGGGAACCAGGAUUUAGUCAGAUUGUCUUGAGCCAAUUGUCACAAUAUGGACAUGAGUUAAGAAAGGCUAAACCUAAAAUGUCCGUGGUGCAGGCUAUAUUUCGAGAUCCGGAAACAGGGGAGGUGCGUGCUUGCUCCGACGAAAGAAAGGGGGGUUCACCGAGCUUUAUUUACUCUUAAUGUCAAAAGCCAUGGCUGAACCAGCAUAUGCAUAAGAGGUUCCGGCUGGUACCCCUUCUUCCAUAUGCUCCCAUGGAGAAGCAAAACAGACGACCGAACAUGUCAUCCAAGACUGCAUAAACCUUACAGCAGCUGAGGGAGACUACCUGGACAAACACAGCAACUCUCCAGAAGAAGCUGUGCGGCACAAGAAGUAAUCUACAGAGAACAGUAUCGUUCAUAGUCACUGCUGGCCUCGACAUGUAGUCAACAAGCGAACGAAAAGACGAAGACGACUUGUUUGUUGUUGUUGGUUGUUCUUUUCUUUAUUGUUAU